GGGGAAAGGGAUGGGAAGAGAAGUGAGGGGGAAUUGGGGAAGGGGCGGAGGGAGGCGGGGCUGGGAAGGGGGAGGUCGGCUUCCCUCCGACCCGCCGCUCUCCUGGGCCGGGGGCGCCUCCGCGCUGCUCGGCUCCUUUCUGUGCUCGGCUGGGUCAGGUUGGGGCGCGGCGUGGGGAAAGGAGAUGAGGGACGGCGCGAAGGACGCGGCCCCGACGGCGGCUCCCGCACCGCGCCAGGCCCGGGCUGCAGCGCGGCCGUCAGUCCGUCCGUCCGUCCGUCCGUCCGUCCCUGCUCUGCUGCUCCCCGCGGCGCCGCGUUUCGUCCCGUUCCGUCGCGUUUCCAACGGCCCCGCGGUGCUUUUCACACUCGGAGCUGCGCGCCGCCCCCCGACGUCUCUCAGCUUUUGCUGGCGGACCCGGAGCGCGGCGGGGCUCCGCUCCGAUGCGGCGCCCUUCCGCUGAGUUCCAACCUCCCGCUCCGCCUCGGCUCGCCAAGCUGCAUUCAGUUCUGGCGUUUAUCAACAAACACGAGUUGGGGUUAAAAAUUUGAAUUAAAGCUGUUUUGUAAUGAGAAAAACCCGAAGUUAUUGACUUCAUUUUUGUGUGCGAUUUCCAUGAGCCAAAGGCGCCGCUGCCCCCCGGCACGACUCGCACUGCUGCACACAGAUGAGCGAACGCCCCAACGGCGCCGUCAGACUUCAGCGUUUCAGUGACGGCUGAAAGGCUGCGCUGCCUCCUUCGUUCUAACGGCCGGCAUCUCCUCACGCGUCCCCGUGUCCCCACGUCCCCCACCCCUGCGUCCCUUUCCUCACAUCUGCCCCACACUCCUGCAGUCCUGCCCCCCAACCCCCCCCCUCAUUCACAUUUCCCCAAACCUGCAUUUUUUAUUCUGCCCAAAUCUGCAUUUUUUUUGCCCCAAACUCAUUUUCCCGUGGCCCAGUGUCGUAUUCAGGACCCGAAGCCCCAUAGGGCCAGCCCCAAAUUCCCUAUUUCUGAACCCCAGAUGUCACUGUUUCAUCCCACAGAUGUGAUGGAUCCGCUCCCCCCUUUCAGGUGGCACCAAAUUCUCCUCUCUGGGUCCCAAUGCCUGAUCCGAACUGAGCCCAACGGCCGCUAUGGGCGGAUGGGGGGCACUGUGGGGAUCUGUGGGGCAGUGCAGGGAGCUGUGGGGCCGCAUGGGGUGCAAUGGGGCACAGUGCCUCCCCCCGGCGCGGUCCCUUUAAGGCUCCCCUCCCCCCGCUGGCGCUGUGCCCCCCCCCACAGAUGUCCCCGGUUGUCACCGCGAUGGCAGCGCCCCCCCCGGAUCGCUACGAGGCGGCGAUGCUGCUGGCGGCCGCCGGGGACGCGCUGGGUUUCCGCGCGGGGCGCUGGGAAUAUUGCACCGCGGGAGCGCGCAUCCACCAGGAGCUGCGGGAGCUGGGCGGGCUGAGCCGCAUCGAGCUGCGCCUCCCCGACUGGCCGCUGAGCGACGACACCGUGCUGCAUCUCGCGACAGCCGAGGGGCUGAGCAGCGGGCUGGAGGGCGAAGCGCUGCUGCAGGAGUUGGCGCGGCGCUACGUGGCGGCCAUGGAGGACAUGGAGGGCCGCAAACCAGGGCCCAGCAGCAUCCUGGGAACGUCGCAGCUGCGUCCCGGGGAGCCCCACGGCUACCGCAUCCCCUUCAACCCCACCGGCACCGGCUGUGGGGCGGCCAUGCGCAGCCUGGCCAUAGGGCUGAGGUACCCGCGCCCAGAGGAGCUGCCGACGCUGAUCCGGGUGAGCAUUGAGAGCGGGCGCAUGACCCACCACCACCCCACAGGGUACCUGGGCGCGCUGGCCGUGGCGCUGUUUGGGGCGCUGGGGGUCCGCGGGGAGCCCCCCGAGGUGUGGGGCGCCGAGCUGCUGCGCGUCCUGCCCCACGCGUGGGAUUACGUGAAGGGCGAAGGGCUGAACGUGGAGGAAAACGCCGCCGCGUGGGACUUCUUUGGGGACAGCUGGCGCCGGUACCUGGACUCGCGGGGGCUCCUGGAGGGCGGUGGCCCCCCCCGCGUGCCCGCCCUGCCGACCCCGGAGGAGCGGGACGCCGAAUACUCGCGCUGGGCGCUGGGCGGCUGGGCGGGACGCAGCGGGCACGACGCGCCCAUGGUGGCCCUGGAGGCGCUGCUGGCGGCCGGGAGCAGCUGGGAGGAGCUGUGCGGCCGCGCGGCGCUGCACGGCGGGGACAGCGACUCCACCGGCACCAUCGCCGCCGGCUGCUGGGCGCUGCGCUGGGGGCUGCGCGGCGUCCCGCCCGGGAUGCAUCGCGACAUCGAGUAUCGCCAGCGCCUCUGCGACGCCGCGCAGCGCCUCCACGCGCUGGCCUGGGGGCGCUGAGGGCGGCGUCGGGCGCCGAGCGGCUCCUGGGGGCCGCGCUCACAGCUCCGCCGGGCGCUGCGCGGCUCCGGGCCGCCGUUCGCCCCGAGUUCGGGACGCGGCCUGCAGUAAAAGCGCUGCCGCCUCA